AAAACCCUCCGAUUUCAAUUUUCUUCUUCGCCUGGGCUUUUCGCACUAGCUCUUCUUCUGCUGCAGUAGCCUCUCCUCUCCACCGCCUCGUCGGAGAUCGAAAGCUCCCCCAAGAACCUCUGCGCAAAACCCUAGCCGCGGCGCUUCGUUGAGUCUUUCGUGCCGUCGAAAAACCCUAACUCCCGCUCUCCUCUCCUCUGCAGGUGCGCUCUGUUUUCCUGAGCCAACAUGAGUAGAGCAAUGGAGGAAGAUCCCACUGCUACCAAGAAUGAGGAAGAGGAAUUUAACACAGGCCCACUGUCAGUGCUGAUGAUGAGUGUCAAGAACAAUACACAGGUGCUCAUAAAUUGCCGGAACAAUAAGAAGCUCCUGGGUCGCGUGAGAGCUUUUGAUCGGCACUGCAACAUGGUUCUUGAAAAUGUUAGGGAGAUGUGGACUGAGGUGCCAAAGACAGGCAAAGGUAAGAAGAAAGCCAUGCCUGUCAACAAAGAUAGGUUCAUCAGCAAAAUGUUCCUGCGAGGAGACUCUGUUAUCAUUGUUCUGAGGAAUCCAAAAUGAGGUUUAGCAGAUAUUUCUUGAUCUCCCGGCACUGCAGCGGCUGUGAUAGUAGUUUUUGAACUUUUAUUACCUUGAAGUAGUGCUUUUAAUGUGUUGGAGAGAGUGUUUUCAUCGGUGUAAUUCUUGCGACGAGGUUGGUAGUCUCUGACUUUCUGAUGUACAAUGAAAUGCUUAUCGCUCUAAACCAUCAAUCAUCUCAUUUUCGAUA